ACCUCUUCUGGGAGAGCUAUCAAUUUGUAGAACCUUCAUCGUUUUGAUUUUUUUUUUCUUUUCUUUUUUUUUUGGUUUUAUGCACUAUCUAAAUAUAGCCAGGCCAUUCAUUACUGUUAUCAAAUGCUUCGGUCCUGUACAUUUUCAAAUCCAAUAAAGAACUCCACCAUGACGAACAAUGAUCAAGAUGCUGCACGCGGGAGGAAGAACAUAAAGUGCUUAGCGUCCGAUUGGGUGCGGUCAUUGUGGAGAGUCUCGGCACCAAUGCCUCUGCAACCUCCCCUUCCUUCACCAUCAAACUUAACGCACAAGUUACCGUCAAAAACACUAAAUUUUGGUCACUUCAAGUUCCAGAACAACACAGCCAGCAUCUCCUACGUAGGCACUCUCAUCGGCGAGGCUACCAUUGUGAAGGCACGCGCUAGAGCACGGUCUACAAAAAAGGUCAACGUGACAUCCGUUGCGAGUUCAGGUAAGGUGUCAAGCAACUCACAGUUGGGUGAUGAUAUCGAGUCUGGGAUCAUACCGUUGGGCAGCCAUGCCAGGUUGGACGGGAAGAUUAUUCUGUUCAAGGUUUUCAAGAAAAAGAAAUCAGCGGAAAUGAAUUGCAUAAUGGAUGUUAAUACAACUACGAAAGAGAUUCAGAACUUGAAAUGCAAGUGAAAUUGCAAUCACUAUUUUAAUUUCUCUUUAUGUUCCGCUUUUAUUCUCUUUUGGGUAGGAAAUUUAACGGCUCAAAUCUGUACUAUUUUUCCCCUUCUUUACAUUAUAUGAUAUUAGGUGGACAGGGAAAAAUGUGAUCUCCCUUUUUUCUUGUCCCAUGUAGUUUUUUUUUUUUUUGUAUGAAAAAAUAAAUUUCAUUUCAUGCA